GCCCGAGUCGGAGGAGGGAGAAGCCAGGAAGAAAAUGGCGGCCGUGGCUGCAGAGGCGGCGGCGACCGCGGCGUCCCCGGGGGAAGGGGGCGCCGGCGAGGCCGAGCCGGAGAUGGAGCCCAUUCCGGGCAGCGAGGCCGGCACGGACCCUCUUCCGGUCACGGCCACAGAGGCGUCCGUGCCGGACGGCGAGGCCGACGGGCAGCCGUCCGCCCCUCAGGCCGACGAGCAGCCGCUCCUGCCGCCGCCGCCGCCGCCGCCGGGGGAGCUCGCCCGCAGCCCCGAGGCGGCGGGGCCGGAGCUGCUGGAAGCGGACAAGCAGCCGGCGCGGGCGGCCGAGCCGGCGGCAGCCGCGGCUCAGGAAGGGGGGCCGGCCCUCGCCGCGCCCCCGGCCCCGCAGCCCGAGCCGUCGCCGGCUCGCGACGACGCGACCAAGCCGCUGCCGCCGCUCGUGCCGCCGGCCGGCGGGGACUCGGCCGUGUCGCUGCUCUUCCCGGGCUCCGAGGUGCGGGUCACGCUGGACCACAUCAUUGAGGACGCGCUCGUCGUGUCGUUCCGCCUCGGGGACAAGCUCUUCUCCGGGGUGCUCAUGGAUCUGUCCAAAAGGUUUGGGCCCCAUGGGAUCCCUGUGACAGUAUUUCCUAAAAGGGAAUAUAAGGAUAAACCGGAAGCCAUGCCACUCCAAAGUAAUGCAUUCCAAGAAGGGAGAGAAAUCAAGCGUGAGGUGAAUGGUGCUGCUCCUGACAACCCUUCUCCAGUCCCGCGUCCAGAGCUGAGCCUGGCCGAAAGCCGGUGGACUUGCAAGCCACCUCCUCUCUUCCAUGAAGGGGCUCCUUACCCUCCCCCCUUGUUUAUCAGGGACACAUACAACCAGUCAAUACCUCAGCCGCCGCCUCGCAGAAUUAAGCGACCCAAGCGCAAGAUGUACAGGGAAGAGCCCACUUCAAUAAUGAAUGCUAUCAAACUAAGACCCAGGCAAGUCCUGUGUGACAAGUGUAAGAACAGUGUUGUUGCUGAAAAAAAGGAAAUAAGGAAAGGUAGUGGUGCGACUGACUCUUCUAAAUAUGAAGAUAAAAAGCGGAGAAAUGAAAGCGUAGCUACUGUGAACAAAAAACAGAAAACUGACCAUAAGGUGGACGGGAGAAGCCAAAGCGAGAGCCAGAGAAGAAGCGCCGUGGUUCGGGUGUCCAGCAUAGGGCACGGCCGAGGCCGGGUGGUGCGCGUGCCCGCUCAGGCCAGCUCGGGGAAGGCUCCGCUGGGUACCAAGAAAGUCCUCCAGAGUAAGAACAUGGAUCACGCGAAAGCUAGAGAAGUACUGAAAAUUGCCAGAGAAAAGGCACAAAAGAAACAGAGCGACACCUCCACCUCCAAGAGCGCCCACUCAAAAGUCCACUUCACACGCCGCUAUCAGAAUCCUAGCUCAGGGUCCCUUCCUCCCCGGGUCCGCUUAAAACCGCAGCGGUACAGGAACGAGGAGAAUGACUCUUCUCUGAAGACGGGGCUGGAGAAAGUGCGGAGCGGCAAGCUGGCGUCCAAGCCGCAGUCCCGCUGCAGCUCCACCCGCUCAGCAGGUGAGACCCCUUCAGGAACCCCGAGUCCCUCCGCAGCGGGCCCCGACGAGGCCGGCAGCGGCCGCGGCAGUGAGGGGCAGGCUGCCCGCGGAGUGCAGGUGCCUGGUGAGCAGGAGGAACCGCAGACGUUGGGCAGAAGGGGCGGCAGAAGCAACCUCUCUGUUUACCUGGCCCUCAAUCAGAAGCAAGCUGACUCUUCGGGGGCUUCAGUGUGCAGCGCUGAUAGCGCGGAUGACCUGAAGUCCUCCAACUCCGAGUGUAGCUCCUCGGAAAGCUUUGCCUUUCCUCCAGGCAGGAUGCACGUACCUGCCGCCACCUCCUCCAAGGAAGAGAAAAGGCGCAGUAGUUCCUUGAAAAUGAAAAUCUUUUCCAAAAACGUCUCUAAGUGUAUCACACCAGAUGGCAGGACCAUAUGUGUAGGGGACAUUGUUUGGGCCAAGAUAUAUGGCUUCCCUUGGUGGCCAGCCCGCAUUCUUACCAUAACUGUGAGUCGGAAAGAUAAUGGCCUUUUAGCCCGACAGGAGGCUCGUAUUUCAUGGUUCGGGUCUCCAACAACAUCUUUCCUCGCCCUUUCACAACUCGCCCCUUUUUUAGAAAACUUCCAGUCCCGCUUUAAUAAGAGGAGAAAGGGCCUGUACCGCAAGGCCAUCACAGAGGCCGCUAGGGCUGCCAAGCAGCUGACCCCUGAGGUGCGCGCCCUGCUGACCCAGUUUGAAACGUGAGCAUGGACAGUAAGCACAAAGGCAUUAGCAGUCUGCUGGCUUCUGGGACCUGUACACAGACAGCGACAGGACCUGCACACAGUGACAGCGCCAGUGUCAGACUGAAUGAGACCAGAGCCCUGAGGCUGCAGUAGGACGUGCAUGUUAGGGCAGUGUUCAGACCCGUCAGCUGAAAGGGGUGUUGCACAUCUCACUGACCGAAGACAAGGUAUUAGGGAGCAUUUUCUUUCUGAGAUCAACUGCGGCAGGCAGUGCGUUCUGCACGGAGGAGAAGCCGUGUGAGCGCCGUGCUGGAGCCCACUGAGCGAGCGUUACGUCGGGAACCCUAGACAGCAGCCGCUUCUGACGGGAACAGUGCGGACGAGCCUGAAAGGCGCCAAUGGUGCAGAAAUAUUGAAUUAUUUUCCUACUUAACUUUUGUGCUUUCUCCAAGGUUUAUGGUAAUCAUUUCUCAUCUGGCAAGGUCUGUUCAGAGUGGCUCUCCUAGUGUUCCCUCUGGGUGCCCGAAACCAGGAGAGGUGAUCCAGGAGCAUGCCAGCCAGUGGGUGGCACGGUGCCCACCUGCAUACAAAUGUGGAUCUUCUCUUUACUACAACAGGGCUGUAUUAUCUUGAAUAUAUGUUUGCUUGUUAGGACAUAUUAAGAUGUAUUUAUUUGCCACUAGUAUUUAACAUUUUGUGCACAUUUUCCUAAUUAUCUUUUUAUAUUUUGACUCCAAGUGGAUAGGCUAGUGUUGAUCUUGGAAUGAAAGUGAACACUCCAGGAGCUCGUUCUUCAUUCCAGAGCUGGAAACUUCCAUUAUCGUCUCCGUCUCAUUGAUUCGUCCUGUUCAGAAAAGGUGACAGCAUCUGAGGUGCUCUGGACUUUGUCCCAAAGAAAUUCUUACAGGUGUCAAAUUGGACUUGGUUCUGGGGGACAAGUGGCAGAAACAGAUCCAUAAAGACAGCCUGAACGUAGUAUGCAUGGAGUGUGAAUUCUUAAUAGAGAACACAGGUUUUUUUCUUUUUAAAUCUCUUCUAAAUGCAUAUUAUGAAAAAAUUCUUAAUCUUUCUUUUUUAAUGAAUGGAGAAAACUAGAUGGACCUGUUAGUACUACAUUUCUAAAGCAUUUUAUAUUUGAUGGUGCCGUACUUUUAAUAAUAAAACUGAAGUUUUUUAGUGGCAAUACUGAUUUAUUUUUUAAACCAGAAGGAUAAUAACACCAUAUUGAUUACUUACUACAAAAAGAAAAAAAAAAAAGGAAAACAAUGCCAAUCCCCACCCCCCCCAAAUUCAUUUGAAGCAACACAACAGAUAAGUGCACACUUGGGCCAAUGUUCAAACUUCCCACAGUCUUACCAACCCACCAACCCCAGCUCAGGGUUAACAAAAGGUUCUGGGUAGUCUUUACAUGAUGUUUCAUAACUCAAGAAGAAAAGGCACGCAGUCUGGAGUCUAGUGAACUUAGAGAAGUCUGGACUGCAUUCUAAAAUACCCUUUUGGAAAAUUCUAUAUCAUGAAGUCAUUAUUAUGUAUCUUAUCAGAUUGGCUCAGGAACUGUAGCAGCAGGGAACCGUGAGCUAUUAAGGAGCCGCUUGCUGUGCUGUGUGGUACCCUGCUGGGGAUGGCCCAAGGCAGGCUUGUCCGCCUCUCUGACGUCCCUGAACAUGAGCAGUACCUUCAGCCUCACUUUGAGCACCAGCUCUCCCAUGCCAUGGUAGAAUUACACAUGGAUUGUAUAAUGAAGAUUUUUAAACUUUAGAAUUCUUUAUUUGUAGAGUGAUGGCAUGGACCAAGAAAUAAUAUUAAAGAGGCAAAAAAAAAAAAAAAA